AUGGAUCUCUCCCACCGGAUCACCCUUGACCGUGUCUGUGUCCGGCAGGCUAUUGGAGCGACCGUAUUGAUCAGUGCCGCCCCUUUCCUCAUCCUGUUCUUCAUCCCCGUCGAGUCGAACACCUCCAAGCACAAGAGCCUCCUCAAGGUGCUGCUGAGCUUCGCAUCAGGCGGACUCCUCGGAGAUGCCUUCCUCCAUCUCAUCCCCCAUGCGCUCGAUCCACAUUCUCACAAUGAGGCUUCUGAUCCAUCUCACAGACCCUUAGAGAAUCUGAAUCUCGACCAUGGGCACUCACAUCGAGGUGACGCCCACGGCCACGAUCACUCCCACGUGAUGUCUGUCGGCCUCUGGGUCCUCUGUGGAAUCAUCGCCUUCCUCGUGGUGGAGAAGUUUGUGCGACACGUGAAAGGGGGUCACGGUCACAGUCAUUCUCACGCUGCUGCUCCGAAGGUAAAGGAGAGCUCCGAGGAGGAGGAGAAGGACAACAACAAACAUGGUGAACCGAGGCCGGGCAGCAGGCGCCGGAAACCUGAAAACCCCCGCACCAAGAGUGAAGCUGCCAAGGCACCGGGACAGGUCUCGGACAUCAAAGUGUCGGGAUACCUGAACCUGGCGGCUGACUUCACCCACAACUUCACCGACGGCCUGGCGAUUGGCGCCUCAUUCCUGGUCAGCACCAACGUGGGCAUCAUCACUACCAUCACCAUCCUGCUCCACGAAAUACCGCACGAGAUUGGAGACUUUGCCAUCCUGGUGCAGUCCGGCUGCAGCAAGCACAAAGCCAUGAUGCUGCAGCUGAUCACCGCUGUGGGUGCCCUGGCCGGCACUGCCUGCUCACUGAUGGCGGAGGGGAUCGGCGAGGCUGCCACCGCCUGGAUCCUGCCGUUCACCGCUGGGGGCUUCGUCUACAUCGCCACUGUCUCGGUGAUUCCGGAGCUGCUGGACGACUCGAAACCGCUGCAGUCGCUGCUGGAGAUCGUCGCUCUGCUGGUCGGGGUCCUCAUGAUGGUCCUGAUCGCCGAGUACGAGUAGGAUGGUGGGGGGGAGUGGAGGCGCUGGGCCAGGGGCAUUGGGUUGUGCGGGGUAUACGCACACCCACAGACAGAGGGAGAGAGAAAGGGAAUCUGCGAGGGCCACUGGGCAGAAGGUGAAACAUAAAUAAUAGGAACCACUAGGAUGGAGGGCUGCAGCAAGUCACGCAGCCCCCUUCCCCCCCACAAACUCCUGCAAACCGGGACUCCUCCUGGUGGAGUUCACGCUCAGGAGUGGCAAUGUUUCUCAGCUGAUAAUCAGUUUUAUAUAUAAAUAUUAUUUUUUUUUAAAAAGAAAUUGUCAUUGUACCGGUCUGGGUGAGAGUCCAGAUCCUUCCAACCAGACGUUGCUGUUUCACUGAAUGCAUUCGCUGGGACAAGAACAGGGAAGGGGGGAGGUCUCGCUGGUGUUAACUGACCCUGUCCAGCCUCCCUUGUUUCUCUCUUUUUUUUCCCUUCUUGCACACGUUGCCUGGAAAAUCCGUCGUAGGGUCCAAAGCGCUACGUGGCUUGGGCCCCCCCAGCUCACUUCCUAUCGUAUCAGGAAUCCAAAAAACACACUCGUAGCGAACUCUCGAGUAUUGGAAGUGGACUCCAUGUACGGGGAGUGUUGGGCUGGGGAAGGCGGGGGUGCGGGAGAGGUCGCUGUAAAGACUCUGGCUGCAUUCACGUCCCCCUCCCCAAGGAUGGCUCCAGCAAAGGGAAACUCUGAUGUGUAUCUCCCACCCCCUCCCCCUUCCAAUUCUUACUGGUAAUUGUGCAUUCCACACCAAAGUCGUCUCGUUUCUAGUGAAUGGGAGGUGGAGGAGAAAACUGACAAACAUGUGGAAAUUUAACCCAGCGCCCCACAGCCAGGUGAGCGGAGAGUUGGGUUCAAAUUGCUCCGUGUAUAUACAUACCGUAACUUUUUUUUUGUGAAAGUGUAGUUUUUCAUUUUUGUUUUUAAUUGCUGUAAUCUGACUCCGUGUAGGAGCUGCAUUGGAAGAGAAUCAUGGCUACAAUUAUUUGGGUUUACCUGUCAUCAUAUCCUUUUGCCGCACAAGUCCUGUAUCAACGGCUCGAAAAUGAUUAAUAAAAAAAUAAAACUCGA